AUGGCCGACGAGCGCACCGCCUUCGACCUCAACCUUCAGCACGGCCACAAGGACCUGGUCCAGGCCGUUGCCUUCAACACAUAUGGGGAUCGUUGCGCCACGGGCUCCGUCGACGGCAAGAUUCGCGUCUUCAACCGCCAAAAAGAUGGCGUGUGGAGGGUCUGUGAUACGUGGAGCGCCCACGGAGGCGAGAUAUUAGAGCUCCAAUGGCUCCCCGCAACAAUCUACCCCAACCUCAUCGCCUCCCUCGGCAUCGAGGGCCGCUUCAAGCUCUGGGCCGAAGACCCCUCGGCGCCCCCGGCCGCCGCUUCGCCUCCCCCGCACAUUGAGCCCACGCGCCAUACCUACCUCGCCCUCCUCGACGCCCACGGCCGCCUCACCGUGUACGAGUCCGACGAACCCGAGCAGAUCGCCGACUGCGUCGCCGUGGACGAGUUCUCCGUCUGCCCGCGCCCCGCCCGGGGCGAAGAAGUCUCCUUUCGCGUGCGCUUCGACCCCAACCCCGAGGUCUGCUACAACGCCGUUCGCGCCGGCGUAGCUGCCGACAGCAUCACCCUCGUCGUCGCCGCCAUGACCACCGUCAAGGUCUAUCGCUGCCGCGACGUCGUCGCCACCUCCACCUACGGCGUUCAACAGUCCAAGAAGGAGUUUUACCUCGCCACCGAGAUUGACGCCCACCGAGGCCUCGUCCGCGACCCACUCCGCCGCCUCCAACACAAACGGCACCUCCACCCCACAGGGCUACCAGACGCCUCCAAACCCACCGCCGCCUCCGGCCUCAGCGCCAGCCUCCUCGCCAAGCCCAACACCGCCACCCUCGACCGCCCCCGCCCUCUCCGCGCCGUCUCAGACCGCCGCCUCCUCCCACCAAAACCACGCGGACCGCAGCCACCUCUCCCCGACGACGUGCCGCACACCACCCGCGAGCUCUCCCGCCUCGACUCCCACCGCACCCCCGUUUGGCGCGUCUCCUUUGACGACGAUGGUUUCAUUCUCGGGAGCGUCGGCGACGACGGCCACCUCGUCUGCUACCGCCAGAUGCCCUCGGGCCUGUGGGCGAAGAGUAGCGAGUUGGGCAUGGUCAAGGCACGCAUGAUGGCCCCUUGA